AUGGAACGUAAACACGUACCUCAUAGAGCAGGUAUCCUAGUUUAUGGCGUUGCGGCGUUCGCGAGCAUUGGUGGAUUCCUUUUCGGAUAUGACCAAGGUGUUAUGUCUGGCAUUAUUGUGAUGCCCUACUGGACAACCUACUUCAAUAAUCCAAACGAUGUGAUGACAGGUUUUAUUGUCAGUAUUUACCUCUUGGGUGCUUUCGUAGGUGGACUUUUUGCCGGCCCCGUUUCUGAGCGCAUUGGUCGUAAGCGCAGUAUUCAGCUUGCAAGUAUCGUUUUCACUCUCGGAUCUGCAUUGCAAGCUGGUGCAACUUCAACCCAAAUGCUUCUUGGUGGUAGAUUUGUACAAGGUCUCGGUAUUGGCAUGUAUAGCAUGAACGUUCCUGUAUACCAAAGUGAAUUGAGUCCUCCCCAUUUGCGUGGAAGAUUCGUUGCUCUCCAACAAUUAAGUAUUGUAACUGGUAUUAUGAUCGCCUUUUGGCUUGGAUAUGGCUGCUCUUUCAUUCAAAGCGAUGCAUCAUGGCGUUUGCCUUUGGCGCUACAGAUUCUUCCUUCCGUUCUUCUAUUCUUCGGAAUGUUCUUCUUGCCCUACUCUCCAAGAUGGCUCUGUGACAAAAACAGAAAUGAAGAAGCUCUCCAGACUUUGGCCCGCCUUCAUGCUGAAGGAGACGUUGAAGAUCCUUAUGUUGUGCAAGAGUACAACGAAAUUGUAGCAUACGUCAAGUUCGAGCGAGAAAACGCAGUGCGCACCUAUCGCGAUCUCUUUAGCAAGCAGAACAGAAGACGUGUCAUGCUCGCUGUCGGAAUUCAGUCGAUGCAGCAAUGGACUGGUAUCAAUGCUGGUAAUUUUUUUUCACCACUCAUUUUCAAGGGUGCCGGUUUGGACGGAACCGCAUCACAAUUGCUUGCCACCGGGCUUAAUGGUGUUGUUUCUGUAAUCGCUACUAUUCCUGCUGUCAUGUUCAUCGAUCGAUGGGGAAGAGUAAAGACUCUCCUUGUCGGUGGAACCGGCAUGGGUGUUACCAUGUUGCUUGCUGGAGCUCUAUUGGGAGCUUACCCACACACCGACGCUGGUCCUAAUAAUUUGGGAGCUCAAUACUUCGCCAUUGUCAUGAUGUACUUCUUCACUAUCUGCUUCUCCUCUUCUUGGGGACCAUGCGGAUGGAUUUAUCCCGCAGAAAUUUUCCCUAACAGAGCUCGUGCUAAGGGUACUGGUUUGUCAACUGCUGCCAAUUACCUUAUGAACUUCGUCAUUGGAGAGAUCACUCCUAUUAUGUUGUCGCGCAUCACCUUUUGGACCUAUAUUUUCUUCUGCUUGACCAACUUUGCUUGUGUCAUCAUCUUGUACUUCUUCUACCCAGAGACUCGCGGUCUUUCACUCGAACAGGUACGCCUUUCUACCAUGAAUGAUAAAAAAGAUUGA